CGAUCACCGAUAUCCGGAAUCAUGAGCAAGUACACCAUCGCCUUCAACGUCGCCAUCGUCUACUUGGUGGCCGUUGGCUUCUAUCUUCCCGGGAUGACCAAAGGUGAACUCCUGGGCGAUUGCUAUUCAGUCAAGGACUGCGAUAUCAAGAAGCUGAGUGGACACGGUGUCCACGGCGACUACUCCAAUGGGACGCAUGUUCUCUUCAACCAGACAGACUGUUAUUCCUUCAGGACCUACGUGGGCACUCCUACGGAUCAACAGAAGAUCAAAGUCUGUUCCAGAGUCAACGAAGGCGAGUGUGUGGGCUGCACUGCGCCGAUGGCGGACAACAGUUGCUACACGGCCACCUCGAUCUGGGUCGGCCUCUGUGUCGGUUGA